UAAUCCCGCUUCCACGGUCGGUAAAGUCGCGAUAUAUAAAAAGGGUUCAAGGUUGUUUAACCGCGAGUGAAAGCUGCGAGCCUCUCCGGAGUCUUGCGGCGGGAGACGUGGCGGACACUGUGUCGUGGUGUUCGUUGCAACACGUACGGAGUCGUACGACCGCUCGUAUACCGAGGCGAAACGUCGCUCGUGGUCUCGCUGCGGAUAGUCGUCGGGACUCGUCCUCGUGCUCGUGAACGGGACCCAGGGCCGAGGGACCUCCGACUCAGAGGAGCCCGAGUAGCGGCCGCGACACCUUUCAUCCGCGUGUAGACGCCCCCACCGUGGGAUUCCUGGAGGAACGGAGUGAGUCGUCGAAGGGGUUUCGGAAAGAGUCGCGAAAUGAGUGUCGAGGACGCCAUCAAUUACUCGCCCAGCGAGGAGGAGGACUAUUACGCUCUGUUGUCCUGCGACGAGUCUUCCACGGUCGAGCAGAUUACGGCGGAAUAUAAGGUAUUAGCUCUUCAGUAUCAUCCGGACAAGAACGACGGUGACAAGGAGGCCGAAAAGAAAUUUCAACAACUAAAGUACGCAAAAGAGGUUCUAUGCGAUCCCGAAAAGAGAUGCAAUUACGAUAAAUGGCGGAACAGUGGAAUCAAGAUCAGUUAUAAACAAUGGCUCGGCAUGAAGGAGCAUGUGCAGCAGACCAUGCACUGGAGCACGCCGAAGACAAAGGACAGAAUGCUGCCGGAUACGACCGAAGAGGCAGGUGGUUCGCCAGCUCACCUCAAAGGUCAUCCUACAAAUGCGCACAGGAGGGCUUCGGAGGGUGGUGCCAUGAAUCUCUACUACCGUUCGGGCCACGGCGUCCCCCCGUUCUACCAAGAGUCCAACGAGGUCGUCAGUAAGUUUCGUAAUUACGAGAUUUAAAGGUCCCCAGUGUAAUUCCCGCCGGAACCGACUCCAUUGUACCGGAUGCCCUAUGACAACAGGAACAUGUUGCAUUAGACAAAUAUCUACCUGUAUAUGAGUGUACGGGCCGUUGGUUGGACCGCAUUGGCGUGUACAUGCAUUCGCGUAAAACGGCGAGUUGAGGGGGACGCGUGAGUCCCAUCGCUCGCCACUGAGCAAUUUGUCAUGUUUCUACCCUCCCGUUUACAUGCAAUCUUGCGAUUAACAUUUACUGUUAUUGCGUCAUCUCGUAUUAAGUUGCGGACGUGACGGUUUAUUGUCGAUGUGCACGACGAAACGUUUCAACGAUCGUACACAUAUAUACAUAUUGCUUCGAGGAAACCUCGCGGAGGUAAUAAACGUCGGCGCGAGGUUCUCUCUUGGACAGACGCUUCGUGGAUUACUUCUUCGUCGUUCAGGAUGCAUGCCAACUCGAUUCAACAAACGGCCCCGGUACACGUGUACGUGCUCGCGAUCGCGCGUACGUAUAUGUCGCCUUCAGAUUUAUAUUUUGUUAUACUAUACUAAGCACGACGAGAGGAAGGGAUCGAGGGACGUGGCUGGAGGACGUUUGGUAUUAUUUAAACUCCCUUUCUCUGAGGUCUCCCGAUUAAACGUCCGACUGUCCGGUUGCGAAUGUCACAAAGUCGAGUCUCUCUCGAUCGCGCAUUCUAUGUGUGUGUCUCUUGAUCUUACGAGAUGUCUAGCGACAGAAGUUAAACGACGUAGUGUCAAGGGCAGUAUAGUUUUAUCUGUGAUCCCGCGAAUGAAUUUUCCGCUAGUGGUUAACUGGUCGUUUCAAUCGUAAACACAUUGGAAGGAAAUACUCAAGUCUCUGCCGAAGGAAAGAUCUUAUCCGCGAAUUCGUGGGCGGAAUUUCAUCGUUCUGGUUAUCGGCAAUUUUCAAGCAUCAAUUAACGUACAAUUGGUUUUCGUCGCAAGAUAAGCGACCGUCGCAUUCGACGUGAGUAACGUUCGGCCAAAGACAUCGACUUUAAACGUUGUGUACGCGGUUACGAAAAUUGGACGACGAAAUUGCCAAACGAUUGAACCGAAAUCCCGGACCGCAAACGUUGCAAACGUCGAGCUCACAAGAUACGACGUUUUAAAUGAAGAGAACGUAAAUAACCAUAGAGCUCUCUAUCAAGGAUGUAAGAUAAAGAUAUGAAAGUAGAGUAGCUUAUAUUAAACUGUUAUAAAAUGCAAUGUCUAUAUUAUUAUAUAUUUUGUCGAAUAAGUGUUGCUACCGAUUCCGCGAGGCUGUCUUAGAUAAUGACGUUUCCAAUGUUUCUCUCCGAGGACUUGCUCGACCGAUCAUCAUUGACCGCGACAUCAAUUCAGGGAUCCAAUUCCGCGCAACAUCGGGCUGACGUUUCGCGGAAUAGAGCUUAAGUAUUUCUUUCCGUAAUGGAAACAGAUCGACGAUGGCGCACUUGUACCUGUGUCCGAUGUCAAACGCAAGAUACGUCACUCUCCUCCGACGACAAUUGCGACGGCUCUCCUCCGGUUUGUUAAAUAACGACACGCGCGUGCGAAUUAGCCGCGUUUCGCUUCUCCAAAACCGGGUGUUCGAACCGGCCGCGUUUUCGGCUCUUCGCUCUUCGACGCUGUAAGGACACGAAAGAAUCUUACGUCAUUGGAGCAAGGAGAACGUUAUUUUCGUGCGUUCGCAGCGUCGAAGGCGUGGACUUGAACGGAAAUGAAUUCGGUUUGAACCUUCGGUGGAAACGAUGAACGUUCUCCGCGAAUGAUUUUCACGAAAUAAUUUUUACGCGUCGCACUUUUGCACCCCGACGCGUUCGCGUCUUCUCUACGCUCGAUACGGCAGCCGGGACAAUUCGUCAGUGAAUUGCGUUUGGCAUGUAAUUGAGAAUGCCUAUUUAUAACCGAUAAUUAAUAAUAACUUAGUGACAGUUAAUCCUGGAUGUGUCGAUGUGUAUAAUCUUACGAUAAUGCGAUAAGCGACUUCUCUUGGGGAGCUCGUCUCUCGUUUAAAUACAUUAACGAGCGCGUCGUUAAUGCCCUCCAAUUUCGCUUUAGGUAUUUCCUAAUCGAGCGCGUUGCAUCUGAGCAUCCGCGUAUCGUUGAAAGACGAAGCGCAAGACUAGAUAACGAUAUUAAACCGAUGAAAAUACAGUUGGACGGGGAUGCCUGGAUAUGACGUGUCCUAUCUGGAAAUGAUUAAAUGGAACUGCAAGACGUUAAUGACGUCGAAUUGUACGUCUUGCCUGAAUCGAUCGAUCUUCCAUUCCACAGAAAUAAUAUGAUCUCCCGCACCCCUCGUCAAAGUCCAAGACAUAUCACGAUGGGUUCAUUUCGUCUUCCCGUUUGCUUUUCGAAAUCUUGACAGAGGAGCGAUUAAGGCACGGAUUUUAUCUGCGCGGAGAGACAGGAGGAUGUAAACGGGGCGAGAAUUGAAGCCUCGAUUGGGUAAAUCUUGCACCUACACAGGCACAGUAAAAAUGGCUAAUAAACGGCUAGUAAAUGCCAGUGGAGAGAGAGGCAAAAUCAAUAUUACCAACGAGUCCAAUGACAUUUUUCCAUCUUAAUUUUAGACUCUCGGGUUAACUCUCUUUUUUUUUAAGGGAAUGAAUUUUUUUCACGGAAAGGAUAUAUACGUCGCUACGGUAAGAUAAUUAUAUACUUUUUUUUAUAAGUCCUUCCCGGAUGAAUGAAAUAAUACGGUGAUUUAUUGAUGAUGAAAAUUAAAUUGAGAAAAAGCCAGAUAUAUCGUCCUCGGGGCCUUCAAUUUCUCUCUCUCUCGAUUCCAAAUGUUACGAUCCGCGGAGGGAUCCGUUCUUGGCUGCAAUCAAUUCUUAAUGUCACGAAUACGCAGUGCCAAUGAGGAAGCAGGUCAAAUCGUUACUUGUUUACCUUGUCAUAGUAUUCCUAUUUUGGUCGAACGAAAAAAACGAUAGUUUUAGAAUCGAGGACUAGAGAGGGAAACAGCGAGAAAGUUAAUAAAUAACAAAGCUAAAGAGCUACGGAGAGAAAGAGCAGGGAAAAUAUAAAAUUGCGCAACUUACAUGUGGGACGAACUUUUCGAGAUGUCGCGGACUCGAAAGCCCUCGGCUUUCUUUCACUAUCGCUUCCAUUCUUCCGUCAGUUUUCUUAGACCCUUUGUUAGGAGACCCAAGAAAAUAUCUUGCUGCUCGACUUGCCUCCCUAUCGGCUCUGUGCAAGCCCGACGUUAGUGCGCGGUCAAUCGAAUUAGUCGAACGAUAUAUAAGCGUGCGCUCGCGCUUCGUCGGAUUCGCCGCGCGAUCGAUCCUGCUCUAGACUUGCGAGACGGCGGACGCGCAGCUAAAUUUAAUGACAUAUCUGCGACAAGUGAAUCGCGCCUGAUUACGUUAGAAACCGACGCCGUCGAAUCCAUCGUUCAUCUCAAUUCAUCUAUUUCAAAUGGCGAGAAGAGGUGUUUCUCCAUUUUCGCAAAUUUAAUCGACUCGAAAGCGACUUUGCAAAAAAAAAAGAAACAAGAUCAUGGUACCACAGUUUCGACUUCUUUUUUAAAAGCAACACUCGUAUGCUGUUUACACGCGCAAUAUGUACGUAAUAUAAAUUGAAAUUAAUAAUCGGUAAUUUUCUUGCCGUAAUGACUGAUGAUGUAACAGAAACAUUUAAAGUGGAAUUUUUCAUAUUUCCAAUCUUUCAUAUUUUUUACACGUAUUGGACGGUGUUUGUCAGGGGCUUCUCCCACGAAGAAAUUGAGAUUGGAGCUUUAUCCGGACAAAGGGAUAAAAAUUGGAUAAAAGUCGGAUGAGCAAGUGAGCCACAAAAAGUUUUAAUCUCGUCGCGACACACCGACCAAGUUUUAGGUAAAACGGCGCCGGGCAACGGCGUUCACGAAAUUCCUCCAGUCUAACUUCGACUUGUUUAAGCCCCGAAGAAUGUAGCAACUAGGUCGAUAAGUCGUAAAAAUAAAUGAGGAAUUUGAAGGGGGAAAAAAGUAGAGAUCGAAUCUCGCCUCUGGCACUGGCAAUAAUAUCUUUGUGUUAGAGGAAAGUAGGAAAUAUUACUGUUUAUUGGAAAAUAUUAGGAAAAUUUCGCGCAUCGCAGAGAAUAAUACCCAAGUAAUUCGACUCGGUCGUUACUCCCUCAUUUAUUAAGCGAACAAGAUCAAUUGUACGUGUUAGAGCUAAAUUAAACUAACGUUGAUCAAAGUGGACGAACGAUGUUAUUUUAGAAGGAAGGGGUUCGAUGGCAGGAAGAUUGCAGGAGCUACCGCGUGCUCUUGAAAAGUUUUCCAUUUUCUAACGCAAGACGAGAAAUAGCGCGGCCGAUCGUGACCCGCUACUGACGAAAGUCUAUUGGACCACCCUGUACAUGUAUCUAUACCUAUAUUUUUCUAGACGGGCCCGUGGAUUUUGGCCUGCGAAACGUUGUUUACACGACUAUAUCAUACAUACCUAUUUGUCGUUUACGAUUGACCUGUCGCUUGAGGGAAAGGUCGAAGUCUGUUCAAACGCCUAUCAGUACGAUGCUCACGAUCGAAGAGCCCCGAUACGUUCCUUUUACGUUACUACGCGCGCGUUUAAGACGCCGUCAUUGGAUAAGAUGGAACUUGCGCGUUCCCUUCAGAGGGAAAUAAGAAGAAAAGCUGAUAUCCUUCUCCAGAGGAUUUUACGGUCCAUUGAGUCUCGACUCGACUCGAAAUCUAAACCAUGCCAAUUCCAACACAGAAUCAAUUACAAUUGCAUAUCUUUAUCUAGACAGAAUCUUUAUACGAUAGAAUUUUGCAUUAGAACAUCGAACAUUUCCGCUUUGUAUUGUAUAAAAUAAAUUCGCGGAAGAGAAAUUUAUGAGAGAAACUCAUAUCACAUGCAGACAUUUACUUAUAACAUUUUUAAAGAAUUCUGGGAAAUUUACGAUUUUUGAGUUAGCGAGUUAGUUAUGGAUUUCAAAUUAAAAAUGCCUCGUUGACAGGCUCGGAUUGAGGGGAGGGCUAAGGGGGGCUGUAGUCCCGGGCCUCGUUUACUGAGGGGCCCCGCCUGUGACAUAGUUUCGUAAGUAAUGUGGUUCGUUUAUGACUUAAACGAAGUUUUACCUAAAUGCACAAUUUCAGUUAAACAGUCAUUAGAAGCAAAUAACAUCUUAAACAAUAGUAUUUCUGUUGCGGUCAAGCUGCCGCUACAAAUGCUUCCAAGUGUUUCUUUUCUCGUUCCAUCUCUUCUGAAAGCGAGGAGAGGAAAAAAUAGAAAGAUUUGUGGAAAUGAAAGAUAAUUGAUUCGCACACCUUUUGUAUAAAAUGUGCCCCCCCCCCCCCCGCCUAUUCAUUAAAGGGCCUCCAAAGUCAAUAACUCCGGGCCCCAAAAAUCUUAAUCUGACCCUGCUAGUUGAAUUAAAGCGCUUUUAAAAACAGAAGUUAUAUAUUAAAAGUUAUGUUAAAAUUGAAAGUGUGUCGCACAUCAGGUGGCUAAAAAAUUUCCUGACUUUUGCAUUUAUAAAUGGCAAGUUAUUAGUAGUGUUUGUAAACUGAUUAUGUAAUGCUAAUUAUGUUAUCCAACGUUAGAAAGAAAUCGAUAGCUGUCUUCCGCUUCAACGUCUAUGGCUAAUGAUCGUAGUCACCAAAAGCUUUGAACAAUUAAUUACAAGAGCAUAAGGUAUAAGUUGUGUAUUAACAAAAAUAGCGAGUCCUUUUCUUUCCUCGUGUCGAUGAAUCGACGACACUUUGACGACGUGAAAUCAGGUACGUAAAGAUAUUCAAUUGUGAUUACCAAAUCUUCAAGACUGCUAGUUUCACGUUAACUGAUCGUAAAAUUGUCGUAAAAACUGAUCGUUAACUGUUCAUUAAAGAUUGACGAUUAAAGAUUAGUCCUUCUAAUGUGAUUUUUGUUUACAUAUCAAUUGAUUAGUAAUUGUGUAAUCGUUAUUGUAAUUAAAUAUUGCAGAUACAAAAGUUGGAGUACAAGUUAUCAAUUAAUGGAAAGUGUUUGUUAAGAACGAUGAUUAUUUAAAGGGAUACGAAAGAAAAUAUUACUGUUAACACAUUCAUGAAAUAGUUUAGUCAAUUACGUGUCCUGCGCAGCUUACUGAUUGGAGAACAGUAUUCUCGAUCGUUCUUACGAGUCGUGUGUGUGUGUUUUGCGUGCGUGGCAGUGCGAAUGAAAUUAUAGAUUGUGUAUAAAUGUCUAUAUGCAGUUAAAUGCGUAACCAAAUACAUAUGUUGUAUAUUCGUCUCGCGCUGGUCGACGCGGCGAUGUAUUACUCGUACCACUAAAAAAUUCAAUAAAUGUGUUUAAUUAUGAAA